CUAAAUCCACAAAUCCCCCCUUCAAAUUCCCAAAUCUCAUCUGCCCCACUCAUACUCCCUCUCUCGUACUCCCGCCGGCCGCCGAGGCCUUCUCUAGCCCAUCGCCGCCGCCUCCUCACUGCCUCAACGCCACCGCCGCCUGCCUUCGCCGUCUCCAGCCCAUCGCUGCCGCAGCCUCAAGCUCAACGCCGCCUCCUCACUGCCUCAUCGCCGCCGCCGUCGACUCCUCGCUGCCUUUAUCUCCAUUCGCCGUCUCCAGCCCAUCGCCGCCCCGUCCUCCUUGCUGCCUUUAUCUCCCUUCGCCGUCUCCAGCCCAUCGCCGCCCCCUCCUCCUCGCUGCCUCAACGCCACUGUCGCCUUCUGCUUGCAUUCGAAAGCUAUUUUGGUCUUCAACUUGUAGAUCUAGGUAGAUUGGGUUGCAUCCUUCACCUUGGAGUAGGUUUGUUCGAUGGACUCCCAAACCUCCUUUGCUGUUGACAAAAACAUGCAAGUAUCAUUGAUUUCAGGAUCUAUGGAACUCCACAGCCAUGCAAUGAUCGUGGAAUCUUCUUCAUCCCAUGCCACAUAGUUCUCUCGAUGGCUAAAGCAACGUGGGUGCCGGUGUUUCCCUUGUAUCAUGGGAACUAGCUUCAUCAGUGGUGGUUGACAUAUCCGGUUAAUGGGAAGGGCUAAGGGAAGAAUGUGAAAUAACGUACUAUUGCAGCAAUGAAGGCUGCUCGUGAUGGUUGUAGUAGCGGCAGAAGAAUAGUCGGCGAUGAAGGCUCGGAAACAAGAGUUUUAGGGUUUCUUUGGCUCUGGUUCCAUAUGGAAAAUAUGGCUUACUUUCUCAUUGAAUUGGAAAAUGCAUAUAUACACAUAGAAUGUCAACCUAACUUUGGGAACAAAUAUCCUAAUUGAGUAAUCUUCUAUUUACAGUAAUAUAAAUAUGAUUAUAUCCUUAUUAUAGCCUUUAAAUCUACAAAAUAUUUGACCAAUCACACGCAUAAUCACAGUCUUGAUUCACGACGCUAACCAUCUUAAUUGCAUCUCCUGCAUUUGAUAAUCAUUAGGCCUCGCUCCAACCUUAUUAUGUAUAAUUAUGUUUCUUAUUUUCUCUUUUAUCGUAUAACUACUCAUUUAUUGUAAUAUCUUCAUCUCAGUUACACUCAUAUAUUGGAUUUUUUAUUAAAUUGAUAUUUUUUUGUUUUCUAUACAACUAGCAUCGAAUUUGAAAUUUUUACCAACUAGCAUAAUAUGGUUUCUGAGCCUAGGCCGUGAGAGACCUACUAGUCUCUCUAACUAGCAUGUCUCUCUACCUUGUCAUCGCCAACACUUAACAAAAGAGUGCAAAAGUGUUUGGCAGGUAACUGGCGGGUCUUAGGUAAAGGCUAGUGUAAUACCCCGAACCUUGAUGUGAAGCUUGGAUGUUGUAAUGAAAAUUGAAGUGACGAAAUGAAUGGUAUUUUGAUUUGAGAAAAAAGAAAGAAACCUUUGAUUUUAUUGUCUUGUGAAUGUGAAAAUGAGCUAGAAGUAACCUGGGGGAAAGAGUUAGGAAUGUAGGAUUCUAUGUUUAAGGGGGCAAAAGUGUUUCCAGUGGAAGUUGAGGGUUAAAAUGUCAUCAGAAGUGGAUUUCGGGCGUUAAUGUAAUAAGAGAAAGAAAGGAACCAGGCCUAAGUGUAAAUAUUUCAACUUGUUAAAGGUUAGUUCAUUUUUAAUAGGAGGUAAUGAUGAUAAUAAUGAGUUCUUAUCUUAAGAACACAUGGGGCAUGAUUUGGGAGCUUAGGAUUGGAUGAAAAAUAGAAAUUUGGAAUUAAGAGAUAUCCUAGAGAUAAUGAAAGAUCAUGUCAUGAUUACUUAAGGAGAUAUGGAUAUCUUGAAAGCCUAUAAAAGGGGGAGGCUUGCUGUGGAAGUGGAGUGUGGCAAGUAUAGAGAUUUUCCAAGUAAAACAAAGAAGAAGAACCAAGAGAAGCAUAGAAGGAAGAAGGUGGUGGCAGGUAACCGACGUCUCACCGGAAAUCAGUCAAUACAGCGGGAAAAUCAAAGAGCAAAACCGAGUUGAAAAUCCUGUGAACAGUAACUCGACGGGGCUAACGACUAAGGGUUGAAGACGAGACUACUGGUGUGGACUGUGAGCGACUGGCAACGACUAGACUGGACUUCAAUUUUUGAGUAGUGUGGACUGUAGUGUCUGCAACGAUUGACAGUGAUGUCGAGUUCUCCGAUGAAGGAGAAAUCAAACUCUUCCAUUCACUUGCUCAGUGAAUCUCCUCCUUGUCAGUUGGAUGAUGGAUCCUCGGAACUUCGAUGCAAUAUUGUACAUGAAGGAAACUCUAAUCCAUCAUCAAGGCAGGUGAAAUUUGGACAAGAUAAUUCAUUUGCAACAUAUAAGGCUGAUCUCAACAUGGAUCGUGCUAAAGAGAAGUGCUUUCCCCAUAACUUCACUGCAAAUGAGAGACUAGAAAAUCAUGAAGUGACAGACAACUCCCCAUCUGAUUCGGAGGGCACUGGAGCAAGGAAUCCAGAUACCGAGAGGAUGUCAGAUAUCAGGAAUCCAGUUUCUGAUCUGAUUGUCUUCAAAUACUGCUUGGGAGGCUUAAAUGAGAGGGCCCUUUUGCUCAAGGAGAUUUCCUCAGCAGCGUCUCAGAAAGAACUUGAAAACUUAGCACAGCUGGUCUCCUUGUAUUUGGGAUGUUCCCAUCAUGGGCGACAAAUAAUAAUUGCGAAGGCAUUGGUAGAGGAGGGAACAAAAGUUUGGGAUCUGAUCUCACAAAAUAACAAUCAUGUUCUUUGGGUGAAUGUGGCUUCUGUGAUAAAACAACAGUUCAUAAUGAUUGCGCAUUGCAGUUCCAGAUCAUUGACACAGCUGGACUUAGAGCUGUUGAGGAAAAUUGCUGGGUGCCAGGAGUUAGUGGCCCGAGAACACUUUGAGAAGCUGUGGUGUUGGCUAUAUCCAGUAGCUUAUACGCUAUCAAUACAUUGGGUAAAUUCAGCCUGGAAUUCUACAUCUCCUAAGUGGAUAGAAGGAUUCAUUACGAAAGAAGAAGCAGAGUAUUCACUUCAAGGACCAGCAGGCCUUCAAGACCCUGGGACAUUUAUCCUGCGAUUUCCUACUUCAAGGAGCUGGCCCCACCCAGAUGCUGGUAACUUGGUUGUGACUUACAUUGGUAGCGAUUAUAAAAUUCACCACAGGAUGCUGUCACUUGAUUUUAUUUUCAGUGCUGGUGAAAAAGAGAAGACUUGGAAACCACUAAAAGAUAUGCUCCUCGCGGAGCCUGAGCUUUCCCGAUUGGGCAUGCCUUAUGAAUGCAGGGUUUUCAGAAGCGGCUAGGUUUCUUGUUUAGUAAUCGAUGUCCUCCUUUCUCGGGGAAAUAAGGUGGCUUCUGUGAGAAUCAGUUUUCCUGUUGGUUCCUUCCGUUUCUCUGUUAAGCUUUUGUGUACAUAACUUAAUGUAUCUGGUUUUCUCUUUGUGUGUUGGAUUCAAAUAACUAAACUAUGGGGCUGUAAAGAAUGGCAGUGUUGUAGAGAACUAUUAGGUUUGCUUUGGUGGAAGGAAUGGAUGGACAUAUUGACUUGACAUCU